UGGUCGACGACUUUCUUUGCCGACUGAUGAUGUUUGUUAUUCUCUUCUUUCUGAACUUCCUCUUCCAGUUUAUUUUCCAUCGCUCUCAUGAUUGGUACCUCCCACUUUCUCUGCGAUGUCUGGUUUAAAUCCAUUCCGCCUUAGAAAGUCAGAGAACCCCUCUAUUCAUCAUUCUUCACCCGCCAUUUCGACCUCCGCAAAACCUGCUUUUCCUACACCGUCAUCUACUACGACCUCUCAGAAUGCCCUCUUUCAGCCGAAUGGCCUUGCCGACACCCCGCCCACGUCCCACGUCCCGGACCUCGAUGAUACGAUGUCCUCCGAUGAUCAAUCCGCUUCAGAUCCAUUUCAUCAGGACAUACACAUGAGUGAAGAUGACAUGGAGGAUCGAGACGAAACUUUAUCAUCUGCAACAUGGAAUGCCUCCAAGUCUCGCGGCGGUGAUUGCCCCCAAGAAUCCCUCCACACCACUGGUCCACACACAGCUCCAUACCUUAGUCAACCAGCUCCGGCGGUCCCGACAACGCAAUCUAUAAAACAGACUCGGAGGGCAAGCAACGAGGAAUGUCUCAGGGAGAGUGAAAACUAUAAAGUCUCCCACAGUACAACGUCUAGAAGCUCUUUCCAAGGUACUCGUGCCGCAAACAAUUGCGCCACGGCUGUUCCUCAAAGUACUUCACGGAUAGAGGCAUCAAAGCGAGCUGUGGCGGGAGACUAUAUGCUGACAAUUGAUGCAGAGGCAAGAGCUCUGGUCAGUCGUUCAGGUAAUAGGGAGAAGAUACCACCACCUCCACCCAGGAGCCACCAUGGGAAGUUAAUCAACCCUACUCCUGGCUCAACUCCCUCUUCCUCUCAGCCCGCACCUUUCAAAUCUGCAAACCGCUUUUCAUUUCAUAGUUCCCCCCCGGAAUCGUCAUCGUCCCCCAAGCCAUCACAGUCAGGAGUGGAUUAUUUCACCGGAACGACUAAUAGCGAUACCGAAAAGUCGAGUGAGCCUUUAAGGCGCAGCCAAUCUCAGUACAAGCGACCACCGACACCGCCACUGAGUAGGCGACACAGUCAGAUGAGAAGAUCCAAGACGACCGCGUCCAAGCCAAACCCAAGCAGGCUUUCUAUGCCAGCCGUUAAGAUGGAAGGCGCUGAGUCCCCUCCACCUAGUCCAAGCUCCUGGAGUUUGAACCCAUCGCGAACCCGGGAUACCAGACCAGGCCCUUCAUCUGAGGAAAAUCCCCGGAGGCCUUCCUUACAGCACCAGAGCGUUGGUGCGGUGACAUCCACGCCGGGCACGGAUGCCUCGACUCCAUCAUCUCAGUCCAACUCCCAGACUCCUUCCAUGAAACGAGCGUCGAUAGGCAACCCUCUGCCACCACCCCCGCCUCCACGGCGCACGCGGGGGUCCAGCAGUCAGAGUAACGAUAGCACCCGACCGACAAGUCUUCGUUCAGAGAAGCGGCCGGACAUGCACGAAGAAUACAUUCCUCACCCAUCCAAUGCCAAUGACAUCUUGGCUGAUUUAUCGCGUCUACAGAAAGAGGUGGAUGACCUACGAGUUCACUACGAAACUCGUAAGACCAGUCAUUGAUAGAUUUCUGGGCCGGGAAGAAGUUGGAUUCUGAUAUGCGAUGGAUCCAUUGGGCAUGGGAGUUUAUGUGUGUACAGCCUACUGCUGAUGUUAUUACUUAUACUUCUAUAUCCUCUUCUUCCGCUACUACUGCAUAUAACUCGUUCCAUUCCACGAAUCGACUGAUGAAUGAAUUACAAUGCCCAGGUGCUGCCGACUAUUCUAAGGGUUCAUAUGCCAGACAACUGCAUUGGAAUCCUGCACUCAUGAUCGGGGAAACAAAUUGACGGUAAUGGUAGGUAGUCCCAAAGUAGAAGGCCUCUUUUCUAAGUUGACACGGAGCAUCCAACUGAUAUUUAGUUAACUGCCAAAUCAGUAGUAGCUGGAGAGGAUCCUCAAUCAGCUACUAGUAGUAGUACUAAGUAGUACCUAAGGUAUCCUCAGGCCCACACUACCCCACUAUGAUCCAUGAUUGGUCGACCCAGGGAACUUCAGGACAAUGACAUCAUCCAAUUCCGAAAGAGGAUUCCCAAAGUAAUAGGUCCAUGAUGAGUUGAGCGUUUCCAAUGACCCUGUGGUUCUGGGUUGUCUUCAAGUUGUACUAUGGAAAUGUCUGUUAUAUUACGAUGGAAGUUGAUUUGAUUAUGAGGGGCAGAUGGCUUGGGAACUAAACUAUAUAAUACAUGUAAACAUAUGCGUAUAAGCAAAAUUAAUGUCUAUAAAAAAUAAAGAUACUAAAUUGAUA